UCUCUCUCUCAUACUUGAAACAGCACCCCUCUCUCUCUCUCUCUCUCUCUCUCUCUCUCUCUCUCUCUCUCUCUCUCUCUCCACGCAGUACAAAACGGUUGACUCGACCUACCAUUUCCUUCUCCCUGCUGUCUGCCUAGCUAUCAGCUGCCAUGGAUUCAACUCUGUUCAUCAUCGGCGUCAUAGGCAACAUCGUCUCAGUUCUGGUCUUCCUCUCUCCCAUAAAGACGUUCUGGAGGAUCGUGAGGAGCGGGUGGACGGAGGAGUUCGAGCCGUCGCCGUACGUGUUCACGCUGCUCAACGCGCUGUUGUGGCUCUACUACGGCCUCACCAAGCCCGACGGCUUCAUCGUCGCCACCGUCAAUGGCUUCGGGGUCGUCAUGGAGGCCAUCUACGUCGUCCUCUUCAUCCUCUACGCCGCUGAUCAUGCCACAAGGGUUAAAACCGCAAAGCUGGCGGCGGCAGUGGACAUUGCUGCCUUCGGAGUUGUGUUUGUGGCCACGAAAUUUGCCAUCAGUUAGUUGGACCUAAGAAUCAUGGUGAGAAUGAUAUCCGUGUGCCUCAACAUAGUCAUGUACGGUUCUCCCCUCGCUGCUACGAAAACGGUGAUCACCACCAAGAGCGUGGAGUUCAUGCCCUUCUUCCUUUCCUUCUUCCUCUUCCUCAACGGAGGCGUCUGGGCAACAUAUGCCGUGCUUGACCGAGACAUCUUCCUCGGGAUCCCAAAUGGGAUAGGCUUCUUCCUGGGCACCAUCCAAUUGAUCAUCUACGCGAUCUACAUGAACAGCAAGGCCUCCCAAAGCAGCAAAGAAACAACAGAUGAUGGAUGGCAGGCUUCGGCGCCUCUUUUGGCCUCCAACGCCGGACAUGGCCAUGGUGAUGCGUCGAGCCAUGUUUGAUGCGCGGUGUGCUGGAGUAGUAGAGCCUGGGUGUGAGAGGCAGUCAAACUUCACAAUUAAGUGUACGUACCAGUAUCAUAGUGACUUACUAAAAUUGUUUGUGGUUGAAGCAUGCACAAAUUUUUUUGAUGAGCAUGGUCGUACAUAAAGUUUAACCUCCCCUCCCCAGAUUUUUUUCCCGAAUCCUGCAGGAAUUGAACUGAUUCCUGUAAAUUCCUGUAAAAUUCUUAUGAAAUUCCUACAUUGUUUCAAAGGGGGCUUUAAUUCAUGCCGAACACUGACCCAGUU